CCCAAAGGUAGCCCCGCCCUAAGUGUGGGCGUGCUCCUCCGGCCGCCUCCCUGCUUCAAACCUACAUCGCCGCUGAGUUUUAGUUGGUCCCGGCUCUUUCUUAGGUGGCAGCGACGUUGUUCUAGUGUUCGGGUCCCUUUGGAGCGUUUCUACCAAGCUGUGCCUAGGCGCCCGGUCUCAGGUCCGCUGUCCUGAAAAAUCAUGGCGCAAAAAGAUGCAGACAAGUACCUUUAUGUGGAUCGUAAUCUCAUUAACAAUCCCUUGGCCCAGGCAGACUGGGCAGCAAAAAAACAAGUAUGGAUACCCUCAGAAAAGCACGGUUUCGAAGCAGCCAGUCUGAAAGAAGAGUCUGGUGAUGAGGUGAUUGUUGAACUAGCGGAGAAUGGUAAAAAGGUCAAAGUAAAUAAAGAUGACGUCCAAAAGAUGAACCCCCCCAAGUUCGCUAAAGUUGAAGACAUGGCAGAGCUGACAUGUUUGAAUGAAGCAUCCGUCCUGCACAAUCUGAAGGAGAGAUACUAUUCUGGGUUAAUAUAUACUUAUUCUGGUUUGUUUUGUGUGGUAAUAAACCCAUACAAGAACUUUCCAAUUUACUCUGAAGAAAUUGUGGAAAUGUACAAAGGCAAAAAGAGGCAUGAAAUGCCACCCCACAUUUAUGCAAUCACAGAUAAUGCAUAUCGGAGUAUGAUGCAAGAUAGAGAAGAUCAAUCCAUUCUUUGCACUGGAGAAUCUGGUGCUGGCAAAACAGAAAAUACUAAGAAAGUAAUCCAGUAUCUGGCUUAUGUUGCAACCUCACACAAAUCCAAAAAAGAUCAGGGGGAGCUGGAGAGGCAGCUGCUGCAAGCUAAUCCAAUUCUUGAAGCCUUUGGAAAUGCCAAGACUGUUAAAAAUGACAACUCUUCCCGUUUUGGAAAAUUCAUACGAAUUAAUUUUGAUGUCAAUGGCUACAUUGUUGGUGCAAAUAUUGAGACCUACUUGCUGGAAAAAUCCCGUGCAAUUCGCCAGGCCAAAGAUGAACGAACAUUCCAUAUAUUUUACUACCUAUUGUCUGGUUCUGGAGAACACCUAAAGAAUGACCUCCUUUUGGAACCAUACAAUAAAUAUCGUUUCCUUUCCAAUGGGCACGUUACCAUUCCUGGUCAGCAAGACAAGGAUCUGUUUCAAGAGACUUUGGAAGCAAUGAAGAUCAUGGGAAUCCCUGAUGAUGAGCAAAUUGGGUUGUUGCGAGUUAUUUCUGGAGUCCUGCAGCUGGGUAACAUUGCAUUUAAGAAGGAGCGCAACACAGAUCAGGCUUCAAUGCCUGACAACACAGCUGCCCAGAAAGUGUGCCAUCUUUUGGGCAUUAAUGUGAACGAUUUUACACGAGCAAUCCUCAUGCCUCGCAUUAAGGUUGGACGUGACUAUGUCCAGAAAGCCCAGACCAAAGAGCAGGCGGACUUUGCAAUAGAAGCUCUUGCUAAAGCAAGUUAUGAGCGCAUGUUCCGUUGGCUUGUCAUGCGCAUCAACAAAGCCUUAGACAAAACCAAGAGGCAAGGUGCUUCAUUUAUUGGCAUUCUGGAUAUUGCUGGCUUUGAAAUAUUUGAGCUGAACUCAUUUGAACAGCUUUGCAUUAAUUAUACCAAUGAGAAACUGCAGCAGCUCUUCAAUCACACUAUGUUUAUACUCGAACAAGAGGAAUACCAGCGGGAAGGUAUUGAGUGGAACUUCAUUGACUUUGGCUUGGAUCUUCAGCCUUGUAUUGACUUGAUCGAAAAACCAGCUGGUCCCCCAGGCAUUCUAGCUCUCUUAGAUGAGGAAUGUUGGUUUCCCAAGGCUACGGAUAAGAGUUUUGUGGAGAAAGUGGUACAGGAGCAAGGCACUCACUCAAAGUUCCAAAAGCCCAAGCAACUUAAGGAAAAGGCUGACUUUUCCAUCAUGCACUAUGCUGGGAGGGUGGAUUACAAAGCUGAUGAGUGGCUGAUGAAAAAUAUGGACCCACUGAAUGAUAAUGUUGCAACACUUCUAAAUCAGUCAUCUGAUAAAUUUGUUAAUGAACUUUGGAAAGAUGUGGAUCGCAUUGUUGGUUUGGAUCAAGUUGCUGGCAUGGGUGAUACAGCUUUGCCUGGUGCAUUCAAGACUAGAAAAGGAAUGUUCCGCACUGUGGGUCAGUUGUAUAAGGAGCAACUUUCUAAACUUAUGGCCACACUGAGAAACACGAACCCGAACUUUGUGCGCUGCAUUAUUCCCAAUCAUGUAACUCAAAGAUAUGAAAUUCUCACUCCAAAUUCUAUUCCCAAAGGCUUCAUGGAUGGAAAACAGGCAUGCGUUAUAAUGAUAAAAGCCCUUGAGUUGGACUCUAACCUUUACCGUAUUGGUCAAAGCAAAGUGUUUUUCAGAGCAGGUGUCCUAGCUCACCUUGAAGAAGAGCGGGACCUCAAGAUUACAGAUGUGAUUAUUGCCUUCCAGGCCUGGUGCAGAGGCUUCUUGGCAAGAAAAGCAUUUGCGAAACGGCAACAGCAACUCACCGCCAUGAAAGUGAUUCAGAGGAAUUGCGCAGCCUACCUUAAACUGAGAAAUUGGCAGUGGUGGAGGCUCUUCACAAAGGUUAAACCACUCUUACAAGCGAAUAGAUUUGAUGAGGAGCUGCACACAAAGGAAGUAGAACUUCUGAAAGUAAAAGAACUUCAAACUGCCUCUGAACAGAAACUUUCAGAAAUGGAAAGCCUACAGAUACAGCUUCAACAAGAAAAAAUGCAACUGCAAGAACAGCUGCAAGCGGAGACUGAACUCUGUGCAGAAGCAGAGGAAAUAAGAGUCCGUUUAGCGGCCAGGAAACAAGAAUUGGAAGAAAUCUUGCAUGAUUUGGAGUCGCGGGUGGAAGAAGAGGAGGAAAGAUGUCAACUUUUGCAGACAGAAAAGAAAAAAAUGCAGCAGAACAUUGGGGAACUAGAGGAACAACUAGAAGAGGAAGAAGCGGCCAGACAAAAGUUACAGCUGGAAAAAGUAACUGUUGAGGCAAAACUUAAGAAGAUGGAAGAGGAAGUACUAGUUCUGGAAGAUCAAACAGGCAAAUUGAUCAAGGAGAAGAAACUUCUUGAGGAACGGGUUGCGGAAUAUACCACUAACCUAACAGAGGAAGAAGAAAAGUCUAAGAGCCUUGCUAAACUCAAGAACAAACAUGAAACCAUGAUCUCUGACUUGGAAGAGCGCCUUCGCAGAGAAGAGAAGCAGCGUCAGGAGCUAGAGAAGACACGCCGCAAGUUAGAGGGAGACAGUACUGAUUUGCAUGAUCAGAUUGCAGAGCUGCAGGCACAAAUUGCUGAAUUAAAGUUGCAACUUGCUAAAAAGGAGGAAGAGUUGCAGGCUGCUCUAGCAAGGGUGGAGGAAGAAGCUACACAGAAGAACAUUGCCCUAAAGAAAAUUCGAGAGUUAGAAUCUCAGAUUGGUGAACUACAGGAAGAUCUGGACUCUGAAAGAGCUGCACGCAAUAAGGCAGAGAAGCAAAAGCGUGAUCUUGGAGAAGAACUUGAAGCAUUAAAGACUGAACUUGAGGAUACCUUGGACUCAACUGCAGCGCAACAAGAACUCCGAACGAAACGUGAGCAAGAGGUAUCGCAACUGAAGAAAAUUUCUGAAGAAGAAGCUCGACUUCAUGAAGGCCAAGUUCAGGAGCUCAGACAAAAGCAUGCACAAGCUGUUGAGGAGCUUUCUGAACAGCUGGAACAGACAAAACGGGUGAAAGGAAAUUUGGAAAAGGCUAAACAAGCACUGGAGAGUGAACGUAAUGAACUAGCCAAUGAGGUGAAAGCUCUUAUGCAAGUCAAGGGAGACUCUGAGCACAAGAGGAAAAAAGUAGAAGUACAGCUUCAAGAACUGCAAGUCAAAGUAUCAGAAGGUGACAGAUUUCGAGCUGAACUAUCGGAGAAGGCAAACAGACUGCAGGUUGAGUUGGAAAACGUCUCAAGUCUCCUUUCUCAAGCGGAUAGCAAAUCUAUCAAACUUGCCAAAGAUUUCUCUACCUUGGAAUCACAGCUACAAGACACUCAGGAACUCUUACAAGAAGAGACACGUCAGAAACUGAGCUUUAGCGCAAAACUCAAGCAAAUGGAAGAUGAGAAAAAUGGCUUCCUGGAGCAAUUAGAAGAGGAGGAGGAAGCAAAGAAAAACCUGUCAAAGCAAGUUUUAACACUGCAAUCUCAGAUAGUGGAGAUGAAAAAGCGAAUGGAAGACAGCGUUGGCUCCUUAGAGUCUGUUGAAGAGUUGAAGAAGAAACUGCAGAAAGAUCUUGAAGCUACUAAUCAACACUUUGAGGAGAAGGCAGCUGCUUAUGACAAGCUCGAGAAGACAAAGACUAGACUUCAGCAGGAGCUGGAUGAUCUUGCUGUGGAUCUCGAUCACCAGCGCCAGAUUGUGUCCAACCUGGAGAAGAAGCAAAAGAAGUUUGAUCAGUUGCUUGGUGAGGAGAAGACUGUUUCUUUGAAAUAUGCAGAAGAACGUGACCGUGCAGAAGCAGAGGCUCGUGAGAAAGAGACCAAAGCCCUGUCCUUGGCUCGCGCCUUGGAGGAGGCUCUGGAGCUUAAAACUGAAUUGGAAAGAGUUAACAAACAGCUGCGUACAGAGAUGGAGGAUUUGGUCAGCUCCAAGGAUGAUGUUGGGAAAAGCGUACAUGAACUAGAAAAGUCCAAGAGGGCCUUAGAACAGCAAGUAGAAGAGAUGAAGACUCAGUUGGAAGAACUUGAAGAUGAGUUACAGGCAACAGAAGAUGCUAAGCUUCGCCUGGAAGUUAACUUGCAAGCAAUGAAGGCUCAGUUUGAGAGGGAUUUGCAAGGGCGAGAUGAAAUGAGUGAAGACAAAAAGAAACAACUAGUUAGACAGGUGAAAGAAAUGGAGGUCGAACUUGAAGAUGAAAGGAAGCAACGCUCAUUGGCAGUAGCGGCUCGAAAGAAGCUUGAGAUGGAUUUGAAAGACCUGGAAGGACAGAUUGACUCUGCAAACAAAAAUAGAGAAGACGCAAUCAAGCAGCUCCGUAAACUGCAGGCACAGAUGAAGGAUUACCAGAGAGAAUUGGAGGACACAAGAGCAUCCAGAGAUGACAUUUUGGGUCAGGCCAAAGAAAAUGAGAAGAAACUUAAGAGUCUGGAAGCAGAGAUGAUCCAUAUGCAGGAGGAACUUGCUGCUGCUGAGCGUGUCAAACGCCAAGCCCAGCAGGAGAGAGAUGAGCUUGCGGAUGAGAUUGCAAACAGCAGUGGCAAAGGUGCCCUAGCUAUAGAAGAAAAGAGACGUUUGGACUCUCGCAUUGCACAACUUGAAGAAGAGCUGGAGGAGGAACAGGGCAACACAGAACUUGUGAAUGACAGACUGAGGAAAGCAACACUUCAGAUUGAUCAAUUGAACACUGAUCUGAAUGCAGAGCGCAGUAAUGCUCAGAAAAAUGAAAAUGCUCGCCAGCAAAUGGAUCGCCAGAAUAAGGAGUUGAAAACAAAGCUGCAGGAGUUGGAAGGAUCUGUUAAAUCCAAGUUUAAAGCUUCAAUUACUGCAUUGGAGGCAAAGAUAGCACAACUGGAGGAACAGCUGGAUACAGAGACAAAGGAGAGACAGAAUGCAAGCAAACAGGUGCGCCGUACAGAGAAAAAACUAAAGGAUGUUGUCAUGCAGGUGGAGGAUGAAAGGCGCAACGCAGAGCAAUUUAAAGAUCAGGCUGAAAAGAACAAUGUUCGAAUGAAACAGUUGAAGCGCCAGGUCGAGGAGGCAGAAGAAGAAGCACAACGUGCCAAUGCAAUGCGCCGCAAACUGCAACGUGAACUGGAGGAUGCUACAGAGACAGCAGAAGCCAUGAAUCGGGAGGUUAACACCCUCAAGAGCAAGCUUCGACGUGGAGUUGGUGAUGUACCAUUUGUUACGAGACGUGUUGGAAGAAAGGGUGUUGAUGAAGCUUCUGAUGACGAUUUGGAUGGGAAGGCAGAUGGAGAUACAAAAUCUACUGACUAAGAAGUUCCCUAGCACAUUUCAUCUUGUCCUUAUCUUAUCCAGGAGAAUUGCUCAGUCAUUUAGAAUUUGCCAUAAUAUUCAAAGCCUGUUAAAGGGGAAUUUUUUUUUCUCUGUCAUUGGGGGUAAAAUGGAAAAUGGAGCCUUUAUUGAACUGAAAGAAACUAUGUCUUCCGUAAGAUACCAAAGCCAUAACUUUCAUCAGAUUCAUUUAUGUCAAUAUGGGAUCAUGGCUUGUGGUUACAGCGGUUUCACAAUUUUAGGCAAUAUGUCUGUGCACUUUCUAUUGUGGCAGCCAGAAUGGAUCUGUAGACUUUAAGCACUGUAUCACUUUUUGAUCUUGACUGUUCUUCUGAAUCUCAGUCUUUCCAUCUUUUGCUGCCUUACAGUUUUGCUUAUUGCCAUUUCUGACUGGAUGCAUUUAUUCUUGCUUUCUUUAAGAUUAGUAUGCGAAGGGCAGAAACCACUGGCUGUUUUGGGGAAAGGAAAGUAGUUAAGGACCAAAUGUAUUAAUCAUUAAUAUGAAUCACAUUUUUACAAGUAUUUUUUUAUACUUGUAUAUCUAGAAGAUAUAAAAUGUAACUGGAGAACUGUCUGUACUGCACCAUCUAUAUGAACUGUUAUUCUGCACACACCUGUACACAACUGUAUUGGUCAAGUGGUUUUUGAAAUACAUUUUUUGUAUCACUGCCUAUUUAGGGUGCUCAUUUCAGAAGAGCUUUAUUCUAAUGGUUCAGCCUGUGUAUUAUAAGUGCCUUUUUACUGCUGCCUGGUCAUGUUCAAAAUCGAGAGCUCAUAAACCAGGAAAAUGUUGCUGUUGCUUUACAUAAUAAACUAUGAUCAGUGCUGCAAAA